UUGGUGUGGAACGGUCACACUUUGACAACUCGACGGCCAACUCAGCCAAAAAUAAUUUGUGUUUUCGUUAAAAAUUACAAAUAAUCAGCAAAAUGAGCCGUCAGCAGAACGAGGAGGACACCAACUCGGCGCUGUUCGAUGCCCGCAACGAGUACUACAUCGGCAACUUCAUGGGAUCGAUCAACUUUGUGCUGCCGGAGCAGGGAACCGCAGGAUCUGAGCUGCUGUCCUACAUGUACCUCUCCUACUUGGCAAUCGAUUCCGGGCGUAUAGUGGCCUCGGAUAUCAAGGAGGGCAAUGCCACGCCCCUGCAGGCUCUGCGGCUUGUACAUGAAGCCUUUGAACAACCCUCGCGGACGGAGGAGUUGCUGGAGAAGCUCACGGACAAGGUGGCCGGGGAGGAGGACGAGACCAACAUCUGGCACAUCGCCACCGCCAUAGUCUACUGCCACGAUGGCCAGUUCGAGAACGCCCUGAAGAUUCUGCACGGCUCCACCAAUCUGGAGUCCAUGGCUCUGUCCGUGCAGUGCCUGCUGCGGCUGCAGCGCGUCGAUUUGGCCAAGCAGCUGGUGGCCAAGAUGCAGGAGAUCAGCGACGACGCCACGCUGACGCAGCUGGCACAGGCGUGGGUGGCCCUCGCCCAGGGCACGGAGCAGAUGCAGGACGCCUUCCACAUCUAUCAGGAGUUCUGCGAGAAGUUCAAGCCCACUCCAAGUCUGCUCAACGGCCAGGCGGUGGUCCAUCUGGGCCUGGAGCGGUACGAGGAGGCCGACUCCGUGCUGCGCGAAUCGCUACUGAAGAAGCACAACGACUACGACACCCUAAUCAACCUGAUGGUGCUGGCCCAUCUCACGGCCAAGCCGGCGGAGGCCAUUACCCGCAAUCUGGAGCAGCUGCGGCAGUUCUAUCCCAAGAGCGACUUUGUCACCGAUCUGGACAAAAAGUCGGCGGAGUUCGACCGUCUGUGCCUGCAAUACGACCUUGAUGGCGGGGAGAAACUGCUGGCCGUGUAGACAUAAGAGGCAAUUCCAAACAUUCAUUUAUCAAAACCUUGUUUAUGUAUUAAACUACAAUAAAAAAUUUAUUAGAAAUGUA